AUGGCGGGCUGGGAACCAGACUGCCGCCCUGGGAUGACGCGUUUGAAGGGAAGGAGCCACGCAACCGUCACGUGGUAUGCCACCGAAAAUUUCAAUCUGGCUCUCAUUUUCCACUCGCGUCUCCUGCAGCACCCCUGCCGAACCUCCGACCCAGACUCGGCAGACCUCCUGUUCAUCCCGGCGUACCUAGGUUGGAUGAUUUGGUCGCUCGUGGAACACGGGCUCUUCGUAAAGCGAGACGAACCCGUGGCUGAUCUUGAGCGGUUUUUACUAAACAAUGCGGAUUUUAAGAGGCUCGUGAAUCGUGGAGAUCACGUGCUCGUUCUCAGCCGUCCGAUCUGGGACUUCGUUCGCGUAAAGGACAAGCCUGACGGGUGGGGGACUGACCUGUGGUGGCGACCUACCUUCAAUAAUGUCACACUUCUUACAGUGGAGGCUCCUACGGAGUGGCUUGAACGGGAAGUCUUUUCUGUUCCUUACACGACCUGUUUCCAUCCUGUAGGCUCGGCCGACCUGGAGGGGUGGGUUCGGCAUGUUCGGGAGCAGCCUCGGCCAUACCUGUACUCGUUUGUAGGCGGGAAGCGAGCGCAUGCGACCUGGGAGGGCUCGCUAAGAGGCGUCUUGCUGAACGAGUGUGAGAACGAUCCUCAGAGGUGCAUCUUUUUAGAGUGUACUGUUGCUGACGCGGAGGCCGCGACUGCAGCAGCGGUGGAGAUAGGCAGGCAGGCGCAGAAAUGGAAGGAGGGGAGCAGCAGGGAGGGGAAGGAGAAAGAGAAUGAGAUUGAGCCAGAUUUUCCCCUGAGGGGAUGCAUGGAUCCCAGGAGAGUGGCUGGCGUGAUGCUUCAGUCCGAGUUUUGCCUGCAACCUCUCGGGGACAGCCUCACUAGAAGGUCAUUCUUUGACUCCAUAAUAUCGGGGUGCAUUCCUGUAGUGUUCACUGAAGGCACGUUUGAUUUACAGUACCCCUGGUUCUUCGCUCCCGGACCUGAGGCUCGGAGGAACGUGUCAGUGAUGGUGGAUUCGGAUGAUGUGAUUGGUCGGAAGGUUCGGAUUGGGGAGGUGCUGGCGGGAAUAUCGGAGGAGAGGAAGAGGGAGAUGCGGGAAGAGCUUUAUAAGCACAUCCCGAGGCUGCUUUUUCAGCUACGCCAGCUGCCAGCUGUCGCGCUCUCAUUAGUGGACCGCCACUGGAGUGGCAGCUCCCCAUUCACCAUGGUGAGGGGCGGGGCGUGGCUUGUGGGGGAAAUCGUGGCAGCAUGUGCUGCUGGUGCUGAAGGGCGUGGGGAGGCAGGAGUGCAGGCAGCAGCGGCAUCAUUGGAAGAGGAGGAGGCCGUUCUGAGGGACGGGAGCAUGGACUGUUCACGGUGCGAGGUAUGGCAUGGCUCAUGGGGAACAUUGUGCCGGCGUGUGCUGGUCAAGGCUACGAGGGAGGCGUUGCUGAGAGCAGGAGGUGUGUGGGCGAAGCAGCAGUCUGCUGUGCUGUGCCUGCAAUACAUGCGGACGGAUCUUCUGAAAGGGGCUGGGGCGAAUACCAGUAGUGUGGAAGGGAGCACUGUUGGAGUGGGCGGGGCAGCCCAGCUCCCUCAGCAAGAUGAGAGGCAUGGGCUGGUUCAUAAGUCUGUUUGUGGAAAUGUGUGCUGCUGUGGACGAGGUGGGCGAGCAGGGAGGCUGCUUUGGAGUGCGAGAGCUGACUUGGCAGGUUUGCACUGUACGAGGCAUAGCAUGGCUUCUGAUACGUCUCGAGGGAUGGUUAGAGGCAUAGCACGGCUCGUGGGCUCAUUAAACCAAGCAGGCCGAGGUGGAGCGUGUGAAACAGCCUAUUGCACGAGCUGCGGAGCGGACGUCAUGGAAGUUAAUUCCUUGUCAGGAACGUUUCAAUGGCAAAUUGACGGGUUUUCUGAGUUGGCAGAGGCGUCGGUCUAUUCAAACACCUUUCUGGUCGGAGGCUACUGUUGGUGUGUGCUUGUGUUGGCCGCAUUUCAGGUUGUUUAUAGAAGGAUACAGCCUGGAAUGAGGCAACUGUUGGUGUACCCGGAGGGUGGCGAGAAGUCAGAGGACUUGUCGUUGUAUCUUGUCGUGGCAAACGCUGCGACGGUGCCGCCCGGUUGGACCAAGCGCAUGGACUUUGUGUUGACUGUGGUCAACCAGUUUGACCGGACGAAGUCAGUGAAGAAUGAAACGAGCAACCUGCUGUUCAGUCCACGCGCGCCCAACUGGGGCUGGUCUUCCAUGAUGCCACUCAAGGACCUCAACGACCUCUCUAAAGGCUUCCUUGUUAACGACACAGUGAUUUUAGAGGCGGAUGUGAAAGUGUGCAAUAAAUCGAAGAUUCAGACUGGAUACGUGGGGCUUAAUAACCAAGGGGGGCUGUGCUGUAUGGCCCCGUUGAUUCAGAUGCUGUUCCACAUCCCCUUAUUCAGGAAAGCAAUUUAUCGGUUUUCUGCUUCUGAGAGCGACCUUCAUGAUGGCAGCAUUCUCUUAGCGCUUCGAAGCAUAUUCUACAGGCUCCAGUUCACCGAUACUAGCGUUUCGACCAAGAACUUAACUAAGAGGGUUGAGUGGGAGGAUGGAGACUUGUCAAAGAAGCAUGACUCGACAUUUGAUGGGUUCCAGCUGGAUGUGAAAGGGUGCAAGGACGUGUAUGCAAGCUUGGACAAAUAUGUGGAGGUGCAGAAGCUUGAUGGCAACACCAAGUUCUAUGUGGAACAGCAUGGGGCGCAGGAUGCCAAGAAAGGUGUGCUUUUUGUGGACCUCCCACUGGUGCUACAGCUACAUUUGAAGCGCGUCGAAUACAAUCCAGUGGACGGGAAAGCAGCGAAGGUCAAUGACCGAUGCGAGUUUCCUCUUGAGCUAAACUUGGAUAAGGACAAUGUGUUCUGGUUCACACCGAUGGUGUUGAUAGCAGCCAUUGCUACGCCCUGA